AGAAAAUUCUAACGUAAAAUACAAGAGAAGCGCCAAAUUGAAAGUUGCAGUUGGAUCGCGAGGAAAAAGAAAGCGCAGCUACUGCGCAGCCAGAUGAUGGCGCAUUGAUGGGGUCGCAGGAGCAUGCGUCUACAAGCUGUGGAGCUUUGUAGCGCUUAGGGCUGCUAUUUAUGAAAGUAGGUAAUGAGUUGCGAUGUGCCCUCUCUUGGUGAUGGGCGCAGAAGGGUUGCAAUUAGGGAGACCGCUUCAGCAGGUUGAUUGAGUUAAACCUAAGGUUACUGCCUGGGGUUGCGUGAUUCCAUCACAGUCAGUUGAAGCUGUUGUAUUGCAGCGGUGCACCCUUCAAUCAAUUAGAACAGUCACUGUCUAGGUACGAGGCACCAUGUCGGACUUCAGCGUUUUCCUUAUAGUCUUGGCGGUGAUCAUAUCCGUUUUGGUUGUUGUCAUCAACAUCUAUGUGCUGAUCAACUACCAGCAUCCAGAUGACAGGAAUCAGGCCUACUUUCCCAAGUUUAUUGUGGUUUUCGGCCUGACCGUCGCCCAGCUGUCCAUCUUGAUGCUGCCCCUCGACGUCGCCAACCGCAACGCGUGCCAGAGCCAGGUGGUCAACGGCGCUUGCAACCUGACGCUCCCGAUGAAGGAGCUCUGGUACGCGAUCUACAUCGUCGACGCGGUUCUCGUGUUCCUCGUCAUCCCUUUCACCGUCUUUUUCUACGAGGCGGACCAGGAGAAGACUGCAACGCAGAGGAUCACAAGUGCACUCCUCUGGUCGGGCGCUACUGCCGUGGUGUUUGGCCUGAUCCUGGGCAUCUGCUAUGGGCUCGUGGGCUACGUUGACUACCCCGUCCGGCGGUUGGUGUCAAGUACGGUCCCCAUCAGUAUAGACUCCUUCAGCAGGCUGUCCCAGACCACCCCCUGCUUCGAUGCGGGAAGGGCUCAGGGCGUUGCGUGCGACGCCUUGCAAGCCCCCUCCUACACGGGCGAGACGUGGACCAUCCGGACGACCUUCCCGGUGUACGUCAUCGCGAUCACCACGAUCGUCGGAUCCGUCCUCUUCUCGAUCUUUGGCGGGAUUGGUAUCAUGUGCCUACCCCUUGACAUGAUCUUCGCCUUCUUGCGGCGCCCAACGGCCGUCAUCAGCCGUUCGGAGUACAUCAAGGAAGCGACGGACCUGGCAAAGCGGUCCAAGGACAUCCGAGACGUGGCCCUGGCGCUGCAGCGCGAGGAGCGCUCCGGGAACAAGGGCCGCAACUGGCGCAAGAACGUGCGCCGGGUGGAGCGGGAGCUGCUUCUUCUGGAGGAGGACGAGACGUACCUGACCGAGAUGUACCCGCAGGGCGAGCAGCCGGAGGCGCUGUGGAUCUUCACCGUGCUGCGCUACUUCGGCAACCUGUUCUUCGGCCUCAUCGGCAUCGUGGCCUCGAUCGCGUGGAUCAUUCACAUCAUCAUCUACGUGCUCAUCAAGCCGCCGCUGUCGCAGUUUCUGAACCAGGCCUUUGUCAAGUUGGACGAAGCGUGGGGUCUGCUCGGCACCGUUGCGUUUGCCGCCUUCUGCUUCUACCUCUUCCUCUGCCUCAUGGCCGGGGAAAUGAAGGCCGGUUUCAACCUGCUCAUAUUUACCAUUCAUCCCAUGAAGUCUGGCAAGACCCUCAUGAACUCGUUCCUCUUCAACGUCGCCCUCAUACUGCUCUGCUCCUCCAGCGUUAUCUUGUUCUGCCAGUCCGCGUUUGCGGUAUACGCGCAAGAGACUGCCGUCUCCGAGAUUUUCGGACAGCAGCUGCAAAACCUGCGGGGCAUCAAGUACCUCUUCAGGUUCAACAUUUUCCCCAUUGCAUUCGUCGUUUUCGCGCUGUUAACGCUCUUCUGGUACUUGGCGUUCGGGUGGAGGAAGCGGAAGGUCCGGAGAAAGAUGACGAUGGCGGAUCUGAACACUUAAGCUGGCGGUCUUCGUUAGCUUUAGCCUUUGCUUUACCACUUGCUGGUACCUUACAGAACCUCUUGCGCCGCUUAUCCGAAGAGACCCCUCAGAAACGUGACAUUUCGCGCUUGCCAAUUGUACCUCCGAUAAGGCAGAGUGAUGUUGUGUUAUUCCAAGUGUUCGUGGUCACGUCAAACCAGUGUGG